CUUUUUUUUUUUUUUGAAUAUUCAUUGGCUUCAUUUAUUAGCUUCCAUUUUCCAUUUUCAUUUUUUUUCACUUGUGUAAAAAUCUUUCUUUCUUUCUUUGAGCACUUAGUGUAUUGUUUGGUGUGUGGGCUUGAAAUUUUUGGAUCAAUGUUUUGCUCAUUCUAUGCUCAGAUCUUAUUUCUGCUUUUUCACAAAUUACGGUAUUCUGUUUUUACCCUUUUCUCAGCUGUUAGCUCAUUCAGGAACUAUAUCUGAACUUUUCAAGGAUUCCAAGUUUGGUAACUCAAAGAUUUUGGCUUUGGGAUUUUGGCAUCUUGGUCUGAUUCAGGUUCUUGCCCUGCUGAUUGAAUGGUUCUGAGCUGUUUAAUAGGAAUUGGCCGUGUGAUUACAAGGAGAUGAGUCACACGACAAAUGAGAGUGAUGAUGGGCUGUUCUCUAAGGAUCGGAUUGAUUCACCAUUGGCUGAGGGAGGUAACUGCGGAGGAAGCGCAAAUGGAGGAGCUAUGCUGAAGAAAGGGCCAUGGACAUCUGCUGAAGAUGCAAUUUUGAUAGAAUAUGUGAAGAAACAUGGGGAGGGGAACUGGAAUGCCGUUCAGAAGCACUCAGGACUUUCUCGCUGUGGCAAAAGCUGCAGAUUGCGAUGGGCCAAUCACCUGAGGCCUAAUUUGAAAAAAGGGGCAUUUACUCAAGAAGAAGAACAGUUAAUCAUUGAGCUCCAUGCCAAGAUGGGAAACAAAUGGGCACGCAUGGCUGCACAUUUGCCUGGUCGUACAGACAAUGAGAUAAAGAAUUACUGGAACACCAGAAUUAAGAGGCGCCAACGGGCUGGUUUACCUCUAUAUCCUCCAGAAGUCUCUUUCCAAGCACUGCAGGAGAGCCAUCAAGGCCUAACCAUUGGCGGAAUCAAUACCGGGGAUAAGGUUCACGGUGAUCUCUUGCGCAACAAUGGCUAUGAGAUACCUGAUGUCAUAUUUGACAGUUUAAAAGCAAGCCAAGGCAUCUCACCAUAUGUCCCUGAACUUGCUGAUAUUACUACAAGCAGCAUGCUGAUAAAGGGUCUGAGUUCUUCUCAAUAUGGUAGCUUCAUGUCUCCAUCAGCACAUCGUCAGAAGCGUCUUCGAGAAUCAACAACUUUUAUACCUGGUUACAGUGGCAAUAUAAAAAGCGAAUUCCCUUUGUUUGACCAAUUUCAGGAUGAAUCUUGUGAUAAAGUUGCCCAAUCUUUUGGGUUAUCUUUUCCAUUUGAUCCUGAUCCCACCAAGAACCCUCAGUCCUUUGGUGAAAAUCAGGGCAGCCAUACCCUUGCAAAUGGCGAUUUCUCUACUUCCAAGCUCACCUCUGGGCCUGUGAAGUUGGAGCUCCCUUCACUCCAAUAUCCAGAAACUGAUUUAGGUAGCUGGGGUACAUCCCCACCACCUUUACUUGAGACUCUUGACAAUUUCAUCCAGUCUCCACCAACAGCUAUAAUUGAAUCUUCUCCACGUAAUAGUGGCCUCUUGGAUGCUUUACUUUAUGAGGCUAAAGCUUUAAGCAGUGCUAAGAAUCAUUCAUCGGAGAAGAGUUCAAAUUCAUCAACUGUUACUCCUGGUGAACUUGCUGAAUGUUCUGCCAUUAAUAUUUGUGAGACAGAAUGGGAAGAUUAUGGUGAUCCCCUUUCCCCAUUGGGUCACACUGCGACUUCUCUUUUCAGUGAGUGCACUCCUAUAAGUGCCAGUGGAAGUUCUUUGGAUGAACCACCACCUACUGAUACUUUCACUGGUUGCAUUGUGAAAACAGAACUAGUUAGUCAACCAUGGAGUCCAGAAAGAGAUAAAGAAACCACUACUCGGGUGGAUAUUACUCGCCCUGAUGCUUUACUUGCUUCUGAUUGGCUUGGUCAGGGUUCUGGUUACAUUAAGGACCAAGUCAUUAUGACGGAUAACAUAGCAACGCUUCUUGGUGAUGAUUUGAGCAGUGAUUAUAAGCAAAUGUCUGCUGGAGCUUCUACAUCAAAUCAAGUAUGGGGACUUGGUUCUUGUGCAUGGAAUAACAUGCCUGCUGUCUGUCAAAUGUCUGAACUCCCUUGAAACCUGCUAGCUAUCAAAAUUUCUGAACUUCUGAUACUGUUGUUGCUUGAUUUAUGUUGAUCAUUUCUUCAGUUUGGGUACUCAGGUCUGUGCCUGGUACCUGCUGGACCACAAAAAGGUUCAUGGUAUAAUAUGUCUGGGUGAAAGUUGUUUUAUUUGUGGGUUGUGGUUUUUGGUUUCUCAAUUUGUGAAACAGGAAAAUGCAUGUAUGCCAAUAUGGAACUUAAUGAGGUAUACAAAUGCAUUAUGGCUUGUCAAAUUUGUAGAAUAACUAAGCACUUCAACUCAUAUUUUUGAUGUAUUAAAUUUGUUUUUGGA